AUGAGCCAACUGUCAAAGUUCAAAUACGACAUCAUUGGUCUCUGCGAAACACGUGCCGAGGUUGAAAGUCGAACAAAAUGGAUUCAAACUGGUGAUGAACUUGGCAUUGGCGAAGGAAAUGGUCAACCAUGUGUUGGAGGAGUUGGAUUCAUCAUCAACAGCCGCAUUGCCAGCCAUGUGGUCGAGGUCCAAAUCCAUUCGCAUCGACUUGCAACGCUCAAGCUCGACAUAGGAAGAAAAACACCACUCCUGAUCAUCCAAAUAUAUGCUCCUCACAAAGAAUAUGGCAUAGAUGAAAUUGAAACAUUUUACUCAGAAGUCGAGACACAUCUGGGCCAACCUGCAUAUCAGAAGAUCGUUAUCGGCGACUUCAACGCCCAAUUAGGACCGAAAGACACCAAUCAACGAUACUUGGGGAAGUUCACGAGUGGCACAUGGGACAACAAUGAAACCGGAGAACUAUUAGCGGACUUUGCCGGCGCAAACAAACUAUUUAUAAUUAACACACUCUUUCAGAAACCUCCGAACAAGCGAUGGGCAUUCGAAUCAACAAAUACCAACAAGUCAAGACACGAAAUUGACUUUGGAUUAUGUACUGAUCGAAUCAUGGUGACGAACGUCGAAUUCCUCAGCCGACUAGACAGUGGCAGCGACCAUCGCCCGGUAAGAAUCACCCGUAUGGGCAUUGAUUUUGUAUGGUUUUUACCCAUUCAUCCGAUUGGUAUCACGAAUCGUAAAGGUUCACUUGGUUCACCGUAUUCGAUCAAUGAUUUUCGUGCUAUCAAUCCGGAGUAUGGUACGAUGGAUGACUUCGAUCAUUUAGUCUCAGAACUUCAUCGACUAGGCAUGAGAGUCAUGAUUGAUAUUGUCUUUCGACACACUAGUCAUGACUGUUCAUGGAUAAAAGAAUAUCCAGAAUGGUAUUGGAGAGAUACAACGGGCAAACCUAUUUCUCGAGUACCCCAAUGGAGGGACAUUGUGGAUUUAAAAUUCGAAGGAAAUGAAACAACACUAUGGUCUGAACUGAUUGAUAUAUUAAAGUUUUGGUGUGAACACGGUGUCGAUGGAUUUCGCUUGGAUGUUGCUUCUUGCGUUCCUAUAGAAUUCUGGCGUCAAGCAAGACGUUCCGUGACCGAAGUGUAUCCUCGUUGUAUCUGGUUGGCUGAAUCAUGUUGGUUCAGUGACAUGAAGAGUCAGCGUGAUCAAGAUACAAUAAUUCAUACGGAUGCAGAACUCUAUGAAGCAUUCGAUCUCUGCUAUGACUAUGAUCUUUAUGUGGCGUGGCGUGGUGCGGUACAAGGUGCCGCUUCGAUCAAAUCCUACCUUGAACUUCUUCGUCUUCAAACAUUCAUCUAUCCGAAGAACUUUAUCAAAUUGAGAUUUGUUGAAAAUCACGAUCAAGAUCGAAUUGCGUACAUCUGUCGAGACAAUCGAUGGAAAGGAUUGGCAUGGACAGCCUUUAGUGCAUUCAAUAAAGGAUGUUUUUUGGUACACGACGGCCAAGAAAUGGAGCAAAAGACAAUUUCAUCAUUGUUCGAAAAGGAUUGGGUUGACAAUAAAGGAGUACGUCCGCUGGAAGAAUUUAUACUUAGACUUAUACAGAUCAAGAAACAUCCAGUAAUUGAAACGAAAGAAGCCAGAUUAACAUUGACCCAUCAUAGUCCAUGUAUUGUUGCCGUAUGGGAAGUUAAAUCAACUCGUGAAGGCCUCAUUGGUAUCUUCAAUGUGGCACAGGAAGCUGAUGGUGCACAGUUUAUUCAAAUUCCCAAUUUGUCAAAUGGCAAUUAUAAAAAUCUGUUUGUUGAUAUGGGCGUGAACGAAUUACUCAGAUAUGAACUGCGUGCAGUUUCAGUAAACAGCAACGGUCGACUGGCUGUACCCAAGGUGGCUAUUGUUCUUCAUUAUACUGAUAUUCUUCUUCUCCCUAAACCAUUUUACAGUGUAACAUUUGAUUUUAACUACAGACAUGCAUAA